AUGUUGAGAUUAUUAGGACGACCCAUUCUCCGCACGCCCAUCUCACGUCAACUAGUUUUCAGAAAAAUGGCCACAGCGAAUACCCCAGAUUUCAACAAGGUUCUCUACACUCCUUUGGCGGAGAUCGACCCAGAGGUCAAGAAUAUCAUCGAUAAGGAGACAUGGAGACAGUUCACUGGCCUCGAGCUUAUUGCCUCCGAAAACUUGACCAGCAGGGCUACCAUGGAGGCCAAUGGCUCAAUUCUGACCAACAAGUAUUCCGAAGGUCUCCCGAACGCCAGGUACUACGGUGGCAACGAGUAUAUCGAUGAACUUGAAGUUCUUUGCCGCAAACGUGCCCUCCAAGCUUUUAACCUUGACCCUCUUAAAUGGGGCGUCAACGUUCAGCCAUAUUCUGGUAGUACCGCCAACUUUGCGGCUCUCACCGCACUUAUCCAGCCCAAUGACCGUCUCAUGGGUCUGGGCCUUCCCGACGGUGGACAUCUUACCCACGGAUACUACACUGCAAAGAAGAAGAUGACUGCGUCGUCAAUUUACUUCCAGUCUUUCCCUUAUGCCAUCACUCCCGAAACCAAUUUGAUUGACUAUGCUGGGCUCGCCUCACAAGCCAAGAUCUUCAAGCCCCGCUUGAUUAUUUGUGGUGCCUCGGCUUACCCUCGUGACUGGGAUUACAAGAACCUCAAGGAUACCGCUACAAGGGAAGGUGCCUGGCUCAUGGCAGAUAUUGCACACACCAGUGGUCUUGUUGCUGCCCAGGAGUUGAAUAAUCCGUUCGAAUACUGUGAUGUCGUUACCACGACAACCCACAAGACUCUCCGUGGUCCUCGUGCUGGUCUCAUCUUCUUCAGGAAGGAUCUCGAGUAUGCGAAAGACCUCGAGAAGCGCGUCAAUGACGCCGUCUUCCCUGCUUGCCAGGGUGGACCCCACAACAACACCAUCGCUGCUAUCGCCACAGCCCUGCUCCAGGUCGCCCAACCCGAAUUCCGUGCUUAUGCCAAACAGGUCAUCUCAAACGCCCAGACCCUCGCGUCAUCGCUCAUCGAGCAUGGCUACAGGUUGCAAACUGGUGGCACCGACAACCAUCUCGUCCUGUGGGACUUGCGGCCCAUUGGUUUGACGGGCAGCAAAGUUGAAAAGGUCUGCGAUCUCAUGGGCAUCACCAUCAACAAGAAUGCUGUUUCUGGUGACGCCUCUGCCCAAGUGCCAGGCGGCAUCCGUCUUGGCACCUCUGCCCUCACUUCUCGUGAUAUGAAGGAGGCUGAUAUCAAGAAGGUCGCUGAAUUCCUCCACCGCGCCGUUCAACUCUCCCUGCUCCUCCAAAAAGAGGCCGGAUCGAAGCUCCUCAAAGACUUCGUCCGCGUAGCCACUACUCAGGAGGCGGGCAAAGAGGGCUACGCAAAGGUGAAGGAGCUGCGCGACGAGGUCCAAUCUUUCGCCAGCGCAUUCCCACUCCCUGGUGUGGAUGUCUCCGCGCUGAAAAAGCCUGAGGGUCUCCAUGAGUAUUAAUAGGCUCGUCAGAGUUGUGGGUGGGAUUGUACGACGGGGGUGACUUGAUUGGGAUUAAAGAAGAUUCAACGAUCACUUAAUGGAUUUCGCAUACGACUAGGGACAUUCAACCGUCCUCGUCACAUUUCAUGUAUUUCUACGUUGCACUUGGCAUUUAACAAGCAUUUAUUUAGUAUCCGCUGUGUUUGUUUAUAAUGGAU